AUGGAGACAAAUGAUGAUACGCCACAUAAUUCAACCACAGAUUUAUCUGGUCCAAUGCGGAUCCUGGCGCAGACGUUCACUCACCUUGUCCCUGGCAAAGGUUACUUUCCUCGAAGUUACUUCAUUCUAAACAAACUGUGCCAGAAGCACUGGAACUGUGACCUGGAUCCAAGACGACAUAGGUGGGACUCCGAAAGCAAGCCCGAGAUAGCACAAGCCUCCAAGGUACAGCGCAUACUCCGCAAGUACUACCCGUUUUCAGGCCCACCACCCGAAAGCCAGAGGGAAUGGACCUUUCGUGAAUCCGUCAGAUCAUCCCUUCACCAGGAGAUGGGUCUUACGAAAAAGGAGCUCAAAUAUCUCCGGGAGCGCCCAGAAGACGCAAAGUGGCUUCAGGACAAUUUGGAGCCGAGAUUUUGGUCUGAAAUCGAGAGACUGACUCAGGAUAUGGAUGAAAGAGAAAGGCUAGUCGCUGCUGGGAUCUUGAAACCAUCGCCGGGACCUAUGUUGCAGGACUUGGAUGAUGAUCCAGCCGAAGGGGUACCAAUUCCGCCGAGUGAAGCUAAGAAGUAUCGAAAACUAGCAAAAGAGCUAGGGAGACCAGUUGAAGAGUUAAACGUUCCCUGGAGGGAGUGGAAGAAAUUCUAUGAAUAUAAUGCCCAGGCAGCGGAAGAAGGUUGGGAAUAUAUGACGUGGGAGGAGUGGGAAAGGAAUAUCCCGACGGAAAAUUGA